AUGGAUUUAGAUUAUGUUGAAACCAUUCAUUUUAACUAUAAUUUUUUUAGUCUUGAUGCUUUCGAAUCCGAGUAUAAUCCUAUACAACAAAAUGAUUGUGGAGAAAUGGAGUGGUUCGGGGACUACAUAAUUCCUAUAUUUAAGGGAGCUCUGAAAUUGAACACAUCCUGCCGUGUCCCUUGGAAUUCAUUAGAAUACCUCCUUGAACGUGGCAACUUAGCAGAUUUAUUAUGUAAAAUCAAUCAACAAGAAGUUUUUUGUGGGCUUGGUUGCAGUAGUCCUCAUAAAUAUGAUCUUACAAAGUGGAAUUCUGAUCCGUACCAACUUCCGAGGAUGCUCAAAGACAUGUUAGGUGACAUGUUAAAAAGAUUUCGAAGUAGAAAUAAAUGCACGUCGAAUCUUUAUACCAUUGGCAUUCAGCAAUAUAUGACAGAAAUCCGAGUAUAUAUGAUGGAAAAACGUGAUAUAUAUCGACUUCAUCACUUAAAAUCAUUCAAUCUACCCCUGUCUUAUUCAUCUUACGGCAACUUACGUCUUGCUCUUUCUUGGGCAUGGGAUAUUAAGUGUCUUGUUGAAAAUCUAUCAUUUGAGUUUUAUGAUGAAACAUUUGUUACUUCUACAACUCCCAAACGUGAUCCACCCGAUGAAAUGAAAACCGAUACAACACCGGAGAGAUCAAGAAAGAAAAAGUUUGAUAAAUUUGAUAAAG